UACCUUAAUCCCCAGUCGGUGACCUGACCCCAGCCCUGCUGUUCCCUGGGGGAAGGGGGGGGGGGUUGGAACUAAGCUGAUUUUCUGGAUCCUUGAGGGCUGAAUGUGAACGCGGUUACACUAUUCCCUCCCGACUCUGCCCUGCAUGGCUGCUAAGAAUGGGAGCAGACACAAGAAGGGAGGCGAUAGCCGAGGUCCGGGCCCUGAGAAGCCUCCCUCGGGGGAGACUGUCAGGGCCAAGUCUGAAGGAGGGCUCCUGAAAGACCAGAGUACGAGGAGAAGCAAGAGAGAGAAGGGGCGCGGGGAAUCCCAGAAAGGCGCGGGCAGUGGUUCUGCGGAGAAGGCUGAGGAGGAGAAGCCCUCUGCCAGGGGCUGUGAAGCUGAGGGAGAGGCUCGGCCUGGGGAAGGCUCCCAGGCUGCCCUGGCUCCUGGCCACCGAAGGCUGUCCCAUCGGCACCGGGGUGACUCUUACCACGACCCUGCCCACAAGGCUUACUGGCCCCUGCUGAACAGUGUCUUUGGCAAGGAUCGGGAGCUGGGCCCUGAGGAGCUUGAUGAGCUGCUUGAGGCCUUCAAUGAAUUUGACACUGACCAAGACGGCUAUCUUGGUUACCGGGAGCUGGGGGCCUGCAUGAGGACGCUGGGGUACAUGCCCACCGAGAUGGAGCUCAUCGAAAUCUCCCAGCACGUCAAGAUGAGAAUGGGUGGCUGUGUGGACUUUGAAGAAUUUGUGGAGCUGAUAGGGCCAAAGCUCCGAGCAGAGACAGCGCACAUGUUGGGCAUCCGGGAACUUCGGAUCGCUUUCCGAGAGUUCGAUGCCGACAGGGAUGGCCGGAUCACUGUGGCUGAGCUGCGGGCUGCGGCCCCGGCACUGCUCGGGGAGCCCCUGGUGGGGCCUGAGCUGGAAGAGAUCCUGAGGGAGGUCGACCUCAAUGGAGAUGGACACGUGGACUUUGAUGAGUUCGUGAUGAUGCUGUCGGCCCGCUAAGCUGAAGGUCCCUGGACCCCAGGGAUCCCCCAGGGACCCAGAGGACAGACAAGGCCCUGUGUUCUUUCUGCUGACGAGGUCGUCUGACUGGAUGGCCUGUGUCUGAUGUCCCCGGUGCCCCGAUGUUUCCCCCUUCAUUUGCUGCGGGCCUUCCCUAUCCACUCGCCUCCAGAGAUAGAGAGCUUCAUAGGCCUUAGAGGGGCCACCUACUUCAGCCCUCUCCUCAGUUCUACAGAUGAGAAACUGAGGCCCCAAGAAAGGAAGGGGAACAGCUCAGCUCCGAGAAUGCCUGACACCUGCCUCAUCUCUGCAGCCCCUCCUGACAUCUAGAACCAGAGAACCUGAGUUCAAAUCCUGCUUCUGACACUGACCACCUGUGUGACCUCAGUUUCCUCACCUACAAAACGAGGGGAUUGGAGGGGACAGCCUCUGAGGUGCUCACAGUCACACAGAGUUAAUGGCAGAGCUGGGAUUUGAAUCCAGUCCCCUGACUUGAAGGCCAAGGUUAUUUGCCACCCAUCUGUCCUGCCCAAUGGAAGCCUCACCCCCUCCAGGAAGCCCUCCUUGACUCACUCUGGAGGAUCCCAUCUCACAGUAGGCCACGCACUGUCCCAGAGCCUGUAAUAGCUGCGCCCUGCCUGUGCGUCUGGUCUCUGCAAGGAUGGAGGGCGGGUUUCGACUCCUUUUCUUUCUCCUGCCUCCCUGACCUCAGCCCACCAAGGGCUGGGCACUAGCACUGGCACCAGCUGGUACUUGUUGAAUUGUCUGAGUGAAUGUGGAGCCAGCUAGGGUCACAGCAAUAGGAAGGGCAGAGACAGGAGAGAUGCUAUUAGAGCCACUGGGAAUUGACCAGAUACCUUCAUUGGCUGCCCCGGGCCCUGGGACUUCCUCCUCAUUGGCUAGCUUGGCCUAUCUUCCCAGGUGCCUGCCUGCCCUGACUGCUCUGACCUCACUCCCUCUACUUGUCCUGGGCCCACAGUCGGGCUCAGAGCACUCCAUCCAUCUGCUUGUCUUGCCUUUUGUCCUCCAUCUGUCCCAAGAAGAGGCAGGGAAAGAGGUCUCUGGAUCAGCAGGUGCCAGUUUUCUUAGAGUGGCCCACAUUCUGGGAUGGUUCUGGUGGCCCCCGGGGGAGCCAGCAUCAGGCUAUGAACCAGGACACUGGCCUCCAAUUCCCAUCUCCACGUCAUUCUCUCUGGGUGCCCUUGGCCCCGGGGCAUCCGAAGCAAUAGCCCAGCUGCCGCCCUGGGGCCAAGAAGAAGUAGGGGCAGCUAGCCUGAGAAGGUUCUCUAGACAAGAAAGAUCUGGGGCCCCAGACUUCCUGGGAAAAGAGCCCGGGCUGAUAAAGCACCCCAGGUGAGGAGGAUGCUGUGAGGCCAGGUCCUAAGGCCAGUGGUCCCAGAGGUAGCUUUUGGUAACAGAUGUAAACCACCUUUGGAAGAAGCAGAAAGUGGGGUCUUGAGGUACAGAACAGCCCCUGAGGUCCAGGGCAGGGAAAGAGUGUCUGGGCUGGAGCAAGGAUAGGGCUCCAACUGCUUUUUCUUUUUCACUUAACAAGCCUUUCCUUUCUCCCUGAGUUCCAAAUCUAUCUCCUACUAGUACUGCCUACAAGGCACAGGACCCUAGAACUUGAGAGGAGGAGGGGACCUCAGUGGCAUCUCAUCUGAUUCAUGUACAAGAGGUCUCCCCACUAAAACACAAGACAGGGCUCUGCCAGCCCCCAUGGUGGUCACCUCCCCUCCCUGGCCUUGCAGUGGGGAAGACCUGGCUUCCUAGGAACUCCUGCCUAUGCAAUGCUUUUAGCCAGAUUACUGCUGGAGGCAGGAGCUCUCAUUCUCCCAUUAGACAGAUGAGGAAACUGAGGAUAAAAGUGGUUAAUUCAAUUGCUUACCUAUUAUCUGCAUACCUAGUCAGUGUUGGAGGCAGGAUUUGACUUCAUCUUCCUGACUGCAAGUCAGGAACACCCUAUCCGCCUUUGACAACUGAUGAGCUGUGACCUUGGGGAAGUCACUUAAAUU